UCGCAGCAUAUCUCUUCUUAACAAUCGUUCAACAAGAAUUAAUUUUAUUUGAAGAACGGAGGCAUUUCGAUUCCAUUUCUAUUUGUCUUAUCAUAUCCACCGCGCAAGGUUCCCAAGGCGGCUCUGGCGAGGAUAUUGCUAAAUUAACUACGAAUUCGUCAAUGACUUGUAGAAAAAGAAGCUUCUCAGCUUGUUGAGUUUCGAAUCAUCUGUUUGGAGAAUCAUGAAUGAUAAUAUGAGGGACUUGGAAGUAAUGAGACGACUUGUAUUCCUACUGAUCAGUGUUUGGUCAGUUCUUGGCAAUGAGACCAUGACUGAAGCAACGGAUUGUUUGGCGGACCUUGAUAGUAAUAAGCUUUCCUUUCUGGAAGAGACUGCGAUCCUGGUGUUCUCCCCUGAGUGCCAGCACCGUGUUCUCCAGUGUAGGAGCGUCAAUUUUUGUAGCAUACAGUGGUUCUUCAAUGACAUCCCGUACGACUCCUGGAGUUUGGGCAACAACUCCGACACCAAGUAUAAGCUAGAGGACAGCAACCAGACGCUCAAUUUCCUUUCCACAGAUGUCGACGCUGGAGGAACAUACACUUGCGUGGUGUCGAAUGGUGUGAGGAACAUUACUCGAAGUAUCAACAUGAGUAUCGAAAAGCGCCCUUGGAUCAACAAACCCAUUCCAUUCGAAUCGUCCAGCGCUGUGUGCAAGGAUCAGAUGGCCGUUCUUGGAGGGAACGCCUCCUUCUUCUGCCAGUUCAAGUAUCGAAACGAUCUUCUUUUGCAGUAUAAUUGGAAAAAACUGAAUCAGACCAACGGGAUAUAUGAAAAGGUGGACUUCUAUGAUAUCCAUGGCACGGAGUUCUCAUAUGGGAGCCGAAAAGAAGACGGAAAUGUCACCCAAACUCAGACUUGUCAAAGGAAGCCUUUAAAGAUUUUGUCUACAUGGCUGAACAUCACUAAUGUGACCGAAGAGGCUUUGGGGAGAUACCAGGUCAUGUGUAAGAUCUCCCAGUACAUAACGACAGUCAACCUUACACUCUCGCUUGAGGAACAUGUAGUCACGGUCACGGAUACAACCAGUGUGGUGGUCGUGAUUGCGACAUUGAUCAUCCUCCUCUCCCUUUUCGUGUUGUCAUGGAAACGCUAUGGCACUGACGUCAAACUUUGGUAUCAUGACCAUCGCACCACACUAGAAACAGAAGAGAUAGAUAACAAACUGUACGACGCAUACAUCAUUUCAUGUUAUGAAGGCCAGGAUAAAUCCUUUGUCGACACCAUUCUCUGCCCGAGUUUGCAGGACCAGUAUAAACUAUUCAUACGAGAGAGAGACGCAACAUUCGGUUCUGUUGAAAGUGAAGAAAUCGUGGAAGCGCUGACAAAAAGCCGCCGCUGCAUCGUGUUACUGUCAGCAGAUUUCUACCGGCAUUCAUCGAUCUCAUCAUCGCAAUCUACAUCAGGAAUGAUAAAUACUACAGCUGUACAACUGACUUCCUCAUCAUCAUCCUCGUCGUCUCCAUCAUCGCCAUCGUUUUCGGGGAACGAUCUUUCAGGAAACGAAUGGCAUUUGUUUGAACUCCAUCACGCGUUGGACACCAUGCACCCAAACGUCAUCCCUCUGCUCUACCGAGACUCCGGGCCAACGUCCUUGUCGAACACCGACUCGAAUGCCAAGCUGAUCGACCACGUGCUCAAGGAUGUCACAUGUUUAAAAUGGAAGCAGAAGGGCGAGACGCGUCUCGAUGAUUGGGCAAUGAAGCGGUUACGACUCCGACUACCACCGCGUCGACGAAGCAGUAAUUUACCGAGUGAACAAUCAUCGUAUAUAACGAUGCCGGUAAUGUCAGCCGCAACGCCGUCGAAUAUCUCGUCAUCGAUAUCAUUGACGUCCCCAUUAUUGCUAACUGCUGAACGACCAUAUGCAGUCGAUUCCAGCCUUCAACAUUUAACAGCGUUAUCUGGGCCGGAGUCAUCAAGUUCUGGUGGAAUCGUCAACGGGGAAGCUUUGGAUUCAUCCCGGCCGGAACCAUCUCAGUCCCCAGAAUUAUCCUUUAUGUCGAUGACGACGUCUCCUCCGCUGUCGCCGACGGCGCCGAUGUCCCGGCCGGAACCAUCUCAGUCCCCAGAAUUAUCCUUUAUGUCGAUGACGACGUCUCCUCCGCUGUCGCCGACGGCGCCGAUGUCCUUAUCUUCCAGUUAUGGAUCUUGCUCGAUCACGUCGCCUGAUUCACAGGGUACUUCCCAAUCGCCGUCAUCACCAUGCACCUCGUCCUCUCUUUUUUCGCCUUCCCACCUGGUCCAUGCAAACGAAACUGACAAUCUUAACUCGUUCCAAGAAUAUCAGCCGGAUUCAAACACGUUCAACUCCUCUCUCUCCACCUUUCAAUUCUUCUUAAGACCUAAAACGGGGCCCAAUUUGAUUGAUAACGAAAGCAAGCCAGGAUACAUAUAGUCCACAUGGCGACACUCUCUUCAUCUUAAAGAGAAGGAUGAGUUCUGGGGAGAGGUGAAAAUUAAUUUAUGAGUAGUACCAUUGUUAUUGAAUUGUACCAUUGAAUGCAAGUGUGGAAGACCUUCAGAGAAGAGUCUCAUGUCUCUUAUGUGUAACGAUUGAUAUCAACUCUUUGCAUAUAAAUACGGGCCAAAAACCUUGCAGUACACACCAAUACUUAUAUGCUACAUGAUUAACUUUUGCUGAUCGAUUCGACACUGUUACUUUAACAAUGCAAUCGCAUGACCUGAACUCAACCUCAUCUUUAAGUGGUUGUAUAUUUCUGAAAAAAAUUAUUGUAUAAUACAUAGAUACGAAUGUA